UGUGACGUCAGCGUAAGCUCGUGCUGAUACAGACAGCCACGUUUGUGUGAAUAGUGAGCGGAGCACUUCGGUUUAUAUGGUGGUCUCAAUCGCGAUACAUGAUUACCACGAGCAUUAGAGGGUCACGCGUGUUGUACAAAUGCUUGGCGGAAUAUUGCUGUAGGUUAACCGGAUGCCAUCUCUAUCUCCAGUGUAAAUUCCUCUCAAAAUGGAGGUUCCUAACGUCAGCAGCGAGGUUAAUGGGCAUCAGUUCAUUGAGGAACCAAUGGAGGAGGAGUCCUACACAAAUUUUGAUGAGGGGACUUAUAAAGAGAUUCCCAUCACUCAUCACGUGAAGGAGGGCUGUGAGAAGGCCGACCCCAGUCAGUUUGAGCUGCUCAAGGUUUUGGGACAAGGAUCUUUUGGGAAGGUGUUUCUUGUGCGGAAGUUAUUGGGUCCAGAUGCUGGCCAGCUGUAUGCGAUGAAAGUGCUCAAAAAGGCCUCUUUAAAAGUGAGGGACAGAGUUCGCACAAAGAUGGAAAGAGACAUUCUGGUGGAAGUCAAUCAUCCUUUCAUUGUGAAAUUGCACUAUGCCUUUCAGACAGAAGGGAAGCUCUAUUUAAUUUUGGAUUUUCUCAGGGGUGGGGAUGUAUUUACUCGUUUAUCCAAAGAGGUUAUGUUUACAGAGGAGGACGUGAAAUUCUACCUUGCAGAGUUGGCCCUUGCAUUGGAUCAUCUACACAACCUAGGCAUCGUUUACAGAGACCUGAAACCUGAGAACAUUUUGCUUGAUGAAGCUGGACAUAUCAAGUUAACAGACUUUGGGCUCAGUAAGGAAUCUGUUGAUCAGGACCGAAAAGCGUACUCUUUUUGUGGCACUGUGGAAUAUAUGGCCCCUGAGGUGGUCAACAGGAGAGGUCACACCCAGAGUGCUGACUGGUGGUCUCUCGGAGUCCUGAUGUUUGAAAUGCUGACUGGCACAUUACCAUUUCAAGGAAAAGACAGGAAUGAGACUAUGAACAUGAUUCUCAAAGCAAAGCUGGGAAUGCCACAGUUUUUAAGUUUGGAAGCACAAAGUCUUUUACGAAUGCUCUUCAAAAGAAAUCCGACGAAUCGUUUAGGGGCAGGUCCUGAUCGAGUGGAAGAGAUUAAACGUCAUGCCUUUUUUUCCACCAUAGACUGGAAUAAAUUGUACCGAGGAGAACUUAAUCCACCAUUCAGACCUGCUGCAGGAAAACCAGACGACACGUUCUGCUUUGACCCAGAAUUCACAGCCAAAACUCCCAAAGACUCCCCUGGUAUUCCUCCCAGCGCGAAUGCUCACCAGCUAUUCAAAGGCUUCAGUUUUGUAGCUCCUGUCUCAUUGGAGGAAAGCAGAAGUGUUCCCCUUGUCAACAUCCUCCCAAUAGUGCAGAUGCACAGUAACUCCGCUCAGUUCUCGGACAUGUAUGAGCUAAAGGAAGAUAUUGGUGUGGGUUCUUACUCUAUUUGCAAGCGCUGCAUACACAGAGUCACUGCCAUGGAGUUUGCUGUGAAGAUAAUUGACAAAAGUAAACGAGACCCAUCAGAGGAGAUUGAGAUCCUGAUGCGGUAUGGACAACAUCCCAACAUCAUCACGCUAAAAGAUGUGUAUGACGAAGGCCGAUUUGUGUAUCUGGUGACGGAGCUAAUGAAGGGUGGUGAACUGCUGGAUAAGAUUCUCAGGCAGAAAUUCUUUUCGGAGCGAGAAGCCAGUGCUGUGCUGUACACCAUCACCAAAACUGUGGACUACCUGCACUGCCAGGGGGUGGUGCACAGAGAUCUAAAGCCCAGCAACAUUCUCUACAUGGACGAUUCGGGCAAUCCGGAUUCUAUACGCAUCUGUGACUUUGGCUUUGCCAAGCAGCUGAGAGGAGACAAUGGGCUGCUGCUGACACCCUGUUACACUGCCAACUUUGUUGCUCCUGAGGUACUGAUGCGUCAGGGGUAUGAUGCUGCCUGUGAUAUCUGGAGUCUUGGGGUUCUGCUGUACACCAUGCUGGCAGGUUACACCCCUUUUGCCAAUGGACCCAAUGACACCCCGGAAGAGAUCCUAUUACGCAUAGGCAGUGGAAAAUUCUCCCUUGCUGGAGGAAACUGGGAUUCCGUUUCAGACUCCUCAAAGGAUCUGUUGUCUCAUAUGUUGCAUGUGGACCCUCAUCAGCGAUACUCAGCAGAACAAGUACUAAAGCACAUGUGGAUUGCCUGCCGGGAACAAAACCCACACUUCCAGCUCACACGCCAUGAAGCACCUCAUUUAGUUAAGGGAGCGAUGGCGGCCACUUACUCUGCACUGAAUUACAAAUCCUGUAAGCCAGUUCUCGAACCUGUAGCCGCAUCAAGUCUUGCUCAGCGCAGAAACAUGAAAAAGCUGACAUCUACAGAUAUGACGUGAACAAAAUUAUUUCCAGCUCACUGUGUCCCCCUUCAUCCAUCUUAAUUUAUCACCAUAUUCCUCGAAUCCUUAUACACAAUGCUUCAGGGAGUAAGGAAACAAUUCAAACAUUUGUUGUUGUCUCUCUGGUAAAGUAAAAACGCACCAGCUCUGUCCCUCUAAAGUGUUUUGCAUGUUGGAAUGUUCUUCCCUCUUCACUAAAUAAAACUGUGUGAAUGUUUGGGUGAAUCUUACAAGGUGUUUGUCAUAUUUUAGCCUUGGUUAAAGAGAAAUGUUAAACAAGGUACAGUUAAGUAUAUUCACCCCCUCAUUCUCAUUACUUUUUUUAUCUUAUCAUAUGGUAUUACUGUAUUGUACUCAUUAUUGUAUUACAGUAUUGACAAGUCAGAUAGAGUUGGAUUUAUUGAAAUUUGAGCUUGAAUUGAAAUUUUCUAAAUAUCUGUGAAAAAUGACGUUGUUGCAUUACAAUAAUGAGAAUGCUUUGUUGCAUUGUUGUAGAUGUAUUUUAUGAACAUGUUUUUUUUUUUUACAUUGAUUUGAUUUUGACGAUGCAACUGUGUUGUAUUACAGUGGGCUACUGCUAAGAAAAAGAAAGACAUCUAGCUGUCAAUAAACUAAUGUUGCAAUGCAAGAAAUCGUAAUGGUGCCAGUUUUGAUUUUGGGGAAGAUGUGACCCGGACAUUUCAUAAUCGUUUUCAGGAGAUUCACCCAUUAUUGGUUCAAGUCAGUGAGUGUCCUGUCAGAGGAGUCAUGCUAGUGUUACCUGGUUUAUGUCUAACAUGUCACUCAGAAAAGUACUUGGUGUUACAGUACAUGUUUCUAUAGCUUUAUGUAAAUAAAUCCUCUAUUGUGUUUGUGUGGAUCAAUUAGCACAUUUGCACUGAGGUCGUUGCUUCUGUGAAACGUUUCCUCUUUCUCUGUCUCAUUCUCUUGUCUUGAAACCAUUUUCUGACUUUUGUUGAGUAGAAAGUACAUGAGUAAAAGGUAAAGAAAUAAAGUUAUAUUUAUAUAUUCUGAAGAGAUGAAUGAAUGUACAUAAGAUUGAAACCAUAAAUAGGGCUAGACGGGGAAGAUCUUUUUCCUCCAGAAAUGGGGAAAUAUUCCAUAAAAAUAUUUAAAGACAUUGUGGAAAUUGUAUUAUAUUGUAUUUAUUUCAUUUGUUUUAAAAAUAUUUUUCUUUCUAGUUAUGUACAUAUUACUGACAUUAAAGAACAU